UUCACUACUUUCGCCGCGUGCAGCGUGAGAGUGCAUCUUGUAUAACAAUUCCUGGACACCGUGGGCUUUUCGAUAUAUUUUCAGAUAUGAACAAUUCUGCACAGCCCCGGCCGACAGAGGUUGGAGCUGGUACGACGGGCGAAGCUCGAGCCUUCGAAACGGGUUAUGAGAAAGGUGCUGCUGGGAACUACGACAGACGAUCCCCCCACCUGAAGGAACCACCGAACACCCUUGCACAGGAAGGCCGCGACAUCAGCCAGGAACAAAAGAAGUUUAAGACGACGGGAACCAUCAUGUGCGCCAUCAUCUUUGUCGGCGUUAUAACCAUCAUUGUCGUCAAGAUAAUCCGCGUGGGAAAAUACGACCCACUUACGGACGACGAUGUGUGCAACACUUUCGACUGCAUGAUAUACGAACAACUCCUCAAGGCUUCUCUCGAUAGGUCUCUUGACCCGUGUGAGAACUUUUACCGAUACGUUUGCAGCGCCUGGGAUCGCACGCACGCGAGGUCUGUACUCGAUCAGCAUCGUCGUGACCAUUUAAAGAUGAUAUCCGGCAAAGCCCGAGACAUAAAAGCUCCGCCAACAGAUCAGUCGGCUACAGAAAAAGCGGCCAAAUAUUACCAGUCCUGCAUAGAGCUUGCUUUCAAGAACAGAUCUGAAAUAUCUGAGUUUCGUGAGAUGAUGAAAGAUGGGAAUAUCACUUGGCCUCAUUCAUCACAAAAUAGUGAUUUCCUCCAGAUGAUGGCACAUGCAAUUGCAAAGUGGGAUGUAAGUCCCGUACUACAGUUCCAAAAAAUAAUUCGGAAUGAAACGGUGGUGCUGACGAUCUCACCUGGAAGGUUCGUUUCAGCUUGGCAUGAAACUCGAAGCCGGCUUAUUGCUUCGGGUCGUUAUUACCAGUAUUUUUCUCGGUUAUACGAUGUAUUUGGGGUAAAUGCUCCAAGCAUGGCUACGUUGGAUAUGAUGAACAAUGUCGAAGACAAGAUCAUGACUAGCCUUUUGCACGGUCUGCUAGAUGAGAGUACUGCUGAACUAGAAGAAGACGCGCUCAUAAAUGCGAGCACUGCCUUUAGUUAUGAACGGUGGCGACAAUUAUUCAAGGAUGUCUUAGAUGUUCCAAAUGAUCAGAAAAUCGUCGCACGCGUGGUCUCUCUGGACUACUUCAAGGAACUCAAUGCGGUAACAAAAGAACAAACCGAAUCUGCCAUGAUCAAUUUCUUCUCGCAAGCAGUACUGUUCGAGAUAGGCCACCUCUUUUUACCAGACGUUGCCAACUUGGUGUAUGUCUCCAAGGAGGAAGCAGUGGAAGCUGCACUCUUCCGUUGUCUCUAUCACGUAGAGAGACACAUGGAACUAGCCAUCACAAUGCCGCACCUCUACGAUGUCAUUCCGUCUGUCACUCAAUGGGACGUAACUGCCCUCUACGAAAACGUCAGCUUCGUUGUGGAGCGCCACGUCCGAGUUCUCAGCCCCGAAUACGUCCCUCGACAUCAUGCAAAUGCUUCCGGGAUUUUGGGAGCCUUCGAUCGCUUGCUGAAACCGUCAGAGUUAGAUCAGCGUUUUGCUCGAUUUCCUAAUAUGGGUACGUCAUUUUCUACAAAUUUCCUCAAGGUUGUCGCAGCUACGAGACUAAAUACUGGGAAACGAGCUCGAUACCUUCAUCGUGUCAACUACAGCAGGCUUUACGAUGUGGCCUUGCAAAGAAUCACUCUUACUCCCUUUGUACUGACCUUACCCGUUUACGCCGUGGGGGUUCCUGCCGCCGUGCGCUACGGCUCUUUGGGGUCCCUUAUUCUGGCCAGUGUAGCUGAAGACAUAUAUAGGAAUGACGUUUCCAAAAUGAAAUCUAAUGUGAGGGAAAAGUUCACCAAUGUGGAAUCAUGUCUGCGGGACAUGCGCGUAACUGCCGCGAGCCUGUACUCUAUCGUUGGCACACAGCUUUUGAAGCAAGCGUACGAUUUCGGCAUUUCACGAGAGAGACAUACGGAACUCGACGAGCAGGCAAGUGGCGACAGGCUGAGGGAACUGCGGGAGUUUUCUCAGCUGCAGUUAAUGUUCGUGGCGGCGUGUUUUCUUCAAUGUGCGGGGUCAAAGCGUGCAUACGAGGACGCAUGCAACGUACCCUUGCAAAACGUGAAGGACUUUGCGCUUGUGUUUAAAUGUUCUAGUCAUAGCUUUAUGAAUCCGCAAAAGAAAUGCACCAUAUUCUGAUAAAGAAGCUGUUCAAUUAUUUA